AUGGAUAAUAAUACUUUAAUUUGGUCGGCCCAGCUGGCUGUAACUGCUCCUCAGCAAACACCCCGUCUACCGGGAGAUAAGAUUACACUCCCUCAAUCCGCCCUCGAACAGCUUCUUGCCGCCGCGCCCCUCCAAGCUGUCCCUCCGAACCCUCGUGUGCACACCACUUCCUUCGACCCCUUCAACCCCCACACGUUCGCUGCAGAAUCCCGAGCCCGGCAACAAAUCGAGAAUCGUCAGCACCAGCUUCCCCACCCGCUCACGUUCCGCGUCGUAAACCCCCAGAAUGGUCGCUUCGUAUACGCGGGGAUCAGAGAGUUCUCCGCUGCGGAGAAUGAAGUCGCACUGAGCGCUUUGCUCCGAGAGUCACUUGGAAUCGAAGAUGCCGAAUUCGAAUUAGACGCAAACGGCGUGACACAGAAUACAGAUGGCAGAGAAGCACAAGAGCAAUCUCCAUCAAGUCCAGCGGUGACAGUGCAUGCGAAACAACUACCCAAAGGCACGUAUGUGCGACUUCGCCCGCUCGAGGCUGGCUAUGACCCCGAAGACUGGAAGGCCUUGCUGGAGCGGCACCUACGGGACAAUUUCACAACUCUGACCGUCAACGAGAUACUGAACGUCCCCGGGACGCGCAACGAGGCUUUCCGGUUUUUGGUUGAUAAAGUGUACCCGGAGGGUGAUGGCAUUUGUGUCGUAGACACAGAUCUGGAGGUUGACAUUGUCGCACUGUCAGAGGAACAAGCUCGGGAGACUCUACGGAAACGAUUAGAACGGGCAGCGCGGGCACCAGGUACAACCAGUGGCAGCUCAGUUGGUGGAGUUCUUGCCCUCGGAGAGGCUGUGACGGCCCAGGUCUUACCGGGAGAAUAUGUUGAUUAUGAGCUUCGAGAAUGGAACCCUGAAGACACUCUCGAAGUGGAGCUUGUUACAGAGGAUCCCAAUCUCUGUCUUUUUGUUAGUCCCCUUGGUGCGCGCCAACAAAGCCGCCCUCGGGCUGAUAUGCAUGUUUGGGGAGACUUCUCGAGUCAGUCUCCCAAGCGAUUGAAGAUUCGAUCUACAAAUGUGGCUCUUGAGGGAGCAGAAGCUCUCUAUAUCUCAGCUCACGCCUAUUCUACCGACUCCGAAGCUGCAUCUGCAAAGCAGUCUCCGGCGCAAUAUCAUCUACGAAUAAUCGCAAAUGAGAUAGAGGGUGAAAAGGAGACAGAAGAGGCCCAUGAGCCCGGGGAUGUACAGUGUCAGAAUUGUCGACAAUGGGUGCCGCAGCGGACAUUGGUCCUCCAUGAGAACUUCUGUCUCCGAAAUAACGUUCUUUGUCCUCAAUGCAACAAUGUUUUUCAAAAACGGUCGCCAGAGUGGGAGAAUCACUGGCAUUGCUCUCAUGAUUCAGCCCAUGGCAAUGAUGCCUCCAGCAAGCUCAGGCACGAUUCCAUCUUCCACAGCGCCCACAGCUGUCCUGAUUGUGCCGCUCAAUUCGAAGGGCUUCCAGCACUAGCGCAGCAUCGCACUACCGAGUGUCCUGGCAAGUUGAUCCUUUGUCAAUUCUGCCAUCUACUCGUCCCCCAGAAAGGCGAGGCAGACCCCGAUUUCAACGAUCCCGAAGUCAUGCUCUCCGGCUUAACACCACACGAGCUAUCUGACGGCGGCCGAACAACAGAAUGCCACCUAUGUAAUAAGAUCAUUCGGCUUCGCGAUAUGAGAACCCAUCUCAGACAUCAUGAUCUAGAGCGUGUUUCCCGUCCAGCUCCUCGCAUCUGUUUGAACCAGAAUUGUGGCCGCACACUCAGCAGUGCAAGCAAUGCCUCUCUCGGUCUAUGCAGUAUAUGCUACGGACCUCUAUACGUCGAUACGUAUGACCCAGAAGGGAAAGCGCUCCGACGCCGUAUUGAACGACGCUAUUUAUCCCAAAUGAUGACCGGCUGCGGCAAGCCGUGGUGUCAAAACGAGUACUGCAAGACUGGGAAACAGAACAGCAAAUCUGCGGAUUCUCCUGCGCCGGUGGGCGUGGCUGAUAUUAUGAAGGUCACGCGCCCGCUCGUGGAUGCUAUCAAUUUCAAACCUGAGGUACCCAAUACAUCGCCACUGUACUUCUGUACGGAUGAGACUGGGCAAAUUCGCCGUAACUUGGCUGAGAUGCUCUCUGCUGAGGGGUCCGAUGGCAAGUCCUAUGCGCUUGAAUGGUGCGUUGCUGGCGCCGAGGCGUCUGGAGGUGAUCUGGAAAAAACCAGAGAAUGGCUAGCCAAGUGGGCACCGACGCAGAGUGAAACGAGUAGAUAA